CGUGGCAAUGCUGCGCCGACCUGAGGUGCCGCUUUGUGUUUUCCCGACGCCCGAUUUGUGGCGCCCGAGACACUCUCCUUCAGCGGCAUUCAUCACCUGUGUCUUGACCCGACUUGUCCUCGAGGCCUUGAAUGGAGAGCAGACAAAGAAAGAACCUCGGCGAGUACAGAGCGAGACAUCACCGCCAACACCACCACCACCACCACCACCACCUGGCAACUCAGCUGUGGGAAUCAAUAUGAAAGCACGGCAGAUCCAACUCCUUCUAAAACACACACCUAGGCCAGGCCCCUCGGAGGCUGUGGUGGCAUCGCCCUCUAAUGAUGCCACAGGAUCCCUGACGAAGGAGAGAUCGAGAUGGCGUCGCCUUCCGCGGGUGAUCAAGACAAGAGGCAGGUUGGCGCCGUGCAGGAAAAGUGGCAACGUUGACCAGCUGGGCGAGAGGCAACCCCGAACUGGCCAGCCCGUCAGUGGGCCUUAUGAUCCCGGCGUCGGGAGCACGUCACCGCCAGCCCCUAAGUUGACUAUGUCGCUGUGGUGCCGCGGAGAACAUGCCUUGAUCCCAGACUCUGAGCCAACCAAAUGCGGGGCAUUGAUGUGUUGAAUAAUGCGUGUGGGUGAGUGUGGUCGAUCACUGAGAGGUUCGCCCCUUGACUCUUAACCCUCUGCAGCCUACGAGAUGACUCCCUCUCCUCUGUGAUCCGUUGUGAUAAUAGCCAAGGCUCGUGAACCCAAAACCAAACCUUUUAACACUCCGAGGACCGCGCCUUGUGAGAACUCCGCCUUCACUCAGCGUUCGGAAGUGUGCUGAACUCAACUUUCGCCUAUAUUGAUAAGUGAAUGAAUGACCAAGGAACCCCCAAGGCCACUGUUCCUAGGCCAAAGGUCACCGCGUGGGAUGAGUUGUGUCACCCCGCGACCUCCCUUCCCUCUCCGGCCAGUCUCGCCUCGCCUCUGCUAGAUGCUACAUUUUAUUACAUAAUCAAUAAGGUGCGCUGUAUCUCCCACCCGGGCCAGUGACUCACGCCCUUCCCUCCUUAAUCUUGGCUCCGAAAGGACUUCAGCGGGGGCCUCAUUUCCAGCCCGGCGCGCCACAAAGGAUGGGCCGCGGCUCCCACAGGGCGUCAAUUCACACCAAGUACGAGGCGACCGACCGACUUCCAUGCGCUGUUAAGGGCGACACGGCCUGACUGUGGCGGCGAUAUCUUUGCCUCGAGACUUAUUUUCGGUGUGUCAAUAGAGAGCCGAGCAGCUUCCCGAGGCCCCGUGGCUCCAGGGAUGGCUGGGGACGCUGAGGGAGGCGGCGGCGAGGCAUGGUGAGCCGCGGUGAGCCGUGACGCAGCAGUGCGGGGACGACAGGGUGACAUGUAAGGCAGCGGCUCUCCACUGCACCAGUCCUGACGUCAGACAAGAAACACACACACACAGCAGCCAUGUCCUCCUACGACGAGAACCUCUUCCGCCACCGCUACUCUUACUCCUACGAUGCCGACUUCGACGACAGCAGCAGCCUGAGUUCCGGCGUGAGCGACACUCUGAACGAGAUGUCUGCCGAGGAUAUGCUGUCCACCUCGCUCUCCUCGGACCAUCCCGCGUACCAGAAGAGCCGUAGCAUGAAGGAAGUUGGGCUGAAGUUGCCGGUGGGCCUGAGUGGGUCACCAUCCCGCAAGGUGGCCAUGGGGGUGGACCCAUCAGGCAUGUACAAAGUGGUGUCCAGUCGAGCGCACGUCAAGAAGACGGAGAGCUCUCAGCAGACAGACAAUAGUGCCUUCAAACAAAUAUCAAAUACACAAUGGAAAAAAUAUGUUGAAAAUGGUAAGGGAAGUUUGGAGCGUUCAGCAAGAGAGCUGCAGAGAGGCAUGGACCCUUCAAGUGGAAGCUCCAGGAAGAUGGACCACAAGAAAUCAAACUUAGGAUCUCCCCAGUCUGGUGUCCCUGGCGGCGCACCUCUCAGCAGCGGCUCAGGGCCCUCAGGUUCAGGCUCUGCUGGGUCCAGAAAGAUAGAAAAGAAGGGAACCAGUGGGGAGAAGAAAAGGGAAGGAGAAAGAAGUAGCAGAGACAGAGGAGUAGGAGGUUUGAGUGCACAGCUUAAUGGUGACUCGAAAAAACUGCAAAACCCCAAGACUGCUCCGAGUCACUUUGGAUACAACGGCAAAAGAACAACUAGCUCUGGAAGUGUCGCCAGCACUGGCAGCUCCAAGGGAAGCAAAGGAAUCAAAGAAGACAGCACAGGAGGCAGCUCUUCUCAUCAUGAAAGUUCUAGUCAUAGUUUAGAAAGGCCAAGAACCAAAUUGAAGGUAUCAGGAGGAACACAGACCACGAGUGAUCUCCACUACAUGUCCAGUGGUGUGCACAGUGAUGGGGAGUAUUCCUCAGGGUCACUUGGCCGAAAGUAUCAGCUCAAAUCCUACUCCCUCAAUGGCCCUGUGGCAGCCCAGCUAUCACAGAGUGUGCGGGAGAGAAUCAUGCAGUCUCCGUAUGGCAAGGUUCACGUAGGGGAGUACGCACAGUACCCAUCUCCAUACUACAGAGAGAGGAGCCCGCGCAUCAAGCCCACCGACGGCUCCUUGAGCGACUCUCCCUAUUCCAAUUAUGCUGAGCUGCAGUAUGGCGGGAGUCCCUACAGCAGCCCAUACUCCUGGGUGUCCAGGAGCAACUAUGCUGGCUCAGUGGCAUCGGCGCCCACAAGACCAUUGGGUGGCAGUCUGACAGAAGCAGAGAGUAUGGAGAGCAUAAGCUCUAGUGCCUCGAGUAUAGCUGCACAGAUCCAGCACGCUCGGGCCACCAGCCUCACCCAGGCCCGCCUCAUGAUGCACCAGCGAGAACUCUCCUCCUCACCCUCCCCUAGACUUGCUCGCUCCAAUAGUGUUAGCCAUCUUAUUGAACGGACCUUCCCUAGAUCCACAAAGUCCGAGAAGCUGUACAGCAGCAGUGGGCGGGAGAGCCACGCGUCGCAACCCACCAGCCCCACACCACCCGGGGGCGCCAGGCUGCCCAUCUCUCCCCUCAACACUGUCAGAGGCUCCCCUUACUACUCCACUGUCAUUCCCAGAACCUCCAAGGAUGACGAGUGUCAUGGCUCUUCACUGUCCCUCGUGUCGUCAUCCUCAUCACUGUACAGCUCACAGGAAGAGAAACAGGCUGCUGAAAUAAGAAAGCUGCGGAAGGACUUGGCUGAGGCUCAAGAUAAAGUUGGAACUCUCACCAAUCAACUCACUACCAAUGCACACAUGGUUGCUGCCUUUGAGCAAUCCCUGACCAACAUGACCAACCGACUGCAGCAGCUCACCGCCUCCUCUGAGCAGAAGGACUCAGAAGUAAUGGAACUCCGGAAAACAAUAGAAGCCCUCCGUCAGCAGAGUGUAGAUGCCGGGUUGACAGUGGCCUGCCUGCAAAGUACGUCCCCUGACUGCCAUCACCACCACCACCACCACCACCACCUCCACUCCACCCCUUCCCCAACCAGGCACCACCAUUCCCAGCACCCUCCCAACAUAGCCUCCUGUUCUGUGCUCAAUGUUACCACCGGCGGGAGUCGAUCCAACUCACCCGAGAAACCCUGUCAUGACGUUGCUCGCAGGCACACUUUUACGGGGAAUUGUAAAGACCUUGUAGUGUGUGAAUUCACUGAAGCUGGCGGCAAGUUGGUGCGAGGAACGUCCGUGGAGUCCGUGUCCAGCAUCUCCUCGGCCUGCUCCGCCGCCUCCCACACCUCCAACCACGACAAGAGUGAUGGCUCAAAGUCAGGAAAGAAGAAAGGAUGGCUCCGCAGUUCAUUCAGCAAAGCAUUCUCACGUGGCCACAAGAAGAGCAAGCAGGGAGUGUCAGGUGGCUCUGUGUCAGACAUUGAGGGGAUGGAGAGAGGAGACUCAUCUGCCCCAGCGUCACCACAGCUCCAGCGUGCUAAUGGGGAACCUGUUGAACUUGAUUGCCAGUCCACUACAAGUAUAUGUAAAGAGCAAGUGAAAGAAGAGGAUGUGGAGAACCUGAAGUGCCAGCUGCAGGAGAAGGACAUGGUUCUGACGGACAUUCGCUUGGAAGCCUUGUCCUCAGCUCACCAGCUGGAGUCCCUGAAGGAAACUCUAAGCAAGAUGAGAUCAGAAAUGAUAUCUUUAAAGCAGGACAAUGAUAGAUUACACAGACUGAUGUCCUCCAAGUCUCUAAAUUCCUCUCAAAGCUCCCUCCCAGUGUCAGACUCCAUAGAACAGAGACUCAGCCUGGGCGAGGAAGUGACUAUGCCAGACUCCACCGAUGUGAUUCUAAUUGACCCUAGUGAUAAAGAUGGAAAGAGAGUUAGUAUUACUGUGUACAUGGGCUGCCACGGCGACUACGAUAAGUACGUGAAUCCUGUCGACGGGCUGCAGGGGAGCGAGUGCGUCAUAGGUGCUAUUUCAGUAAGUGGUAAGACCAAGUGGGACAUGUUAGACAGUCUUGUGAAGAGAAUUUUCAAGGAGUACAUCUUGAGAGUGGACCCGGUGUCAAACCUUGGCCUGAGUGCAGACUCCAUCCUCUCGUACCACAUCGGGGAGAUCUCCAGAGGCCGCCACCCUGAAUCUCCCGAACUCUUGCCUUAUGGAUAUUUAGUCGGGGAAGUGAUGGCCAUCAAGCUCAUCCUGAAGGGAGCCAAUAUUAACCAUGUUGAUGCAUUGGCCUUUGAAACAAUGAUCCCCAAGUCAAUAGUGCAGAGAUACGUGUCCCUCCUCACCGAGCACCGCAGGAUCAUCCUCUGUGGACCGUCGGGGACAGGAAAGACAUACUUGGCGCAGAAAUUGGCCGAGUAUUUGGUGACUCGCAUGGAGAAGGAUCCAUCACCGGGCUAUAUUGCAACAUUCAAUGUUGAUCAUAAGACUGGCAAGGACCUGGGAGCAUACCUGUCCCACAUCAGUGAGCAGUGUGAGAACAACAGUGCUGACCUGCCCCUGGUCAUCAUCCUGGACAACCUGCACCACGCUGGGGCACUGACUGACGUGUUCAAUGGCUUCCUGAGUGCCAAGUACACCCAGUGCCCAUACAUCAUUGGCACCAUGAACCAGACAACAUCGUGUUCCACCACAAACCUUCAGCUGCACCACAACUUCAGGUGGGUCCUGAUGGCCAACCACAUGGAGCCAGUGAAGGGCCUGGUGGGACGCGUGGCACGUCGCCGCCUCACCCAGGUGGAGGUGGAGGCCGGCUCCCGCCUGCCCCGCUUGCAGCAGGUCCUGGACUGGCUGCCACGUUGCUGGAGUCAUAUUAACAAAUUCCUGGAAACGCACUCUUCUUCAGAUGUCACCAUUGGGCCUCGCCUCUUCCUGUCCUGCCCUGGAUCACUGGAAGGUUCACAGGUUUGGUUCACAGACCUGUGGAACUACUCCUUGGUGCCCUACCUUGUGGAGGCAGUCAGGGAAGGACUUCAGCUCUAUGGAAAAAGAUCUACUUGGGAGGACCCAACCACCUGGAUCACGGAGACGUACCCAUGGCCCCCAAGCAGCCACGCCGGACCCCAGGCCUUACUGUCCCUACGCCCUGAAGAUGUGGGAUAUGACACUCUGGCUGCCACGGUCUCCUCAACCACCCAGGAUAAGUUUAAGAACGACAAUCAGGGAGAAAAUGACCCACUGCUGAGUAUGUUGAUGAGACUGCAAGAAGCUGCAAACUAUUCCAGUCCACAGCAGGAUUCAGACACCGCUUCCAUAGAAAACAUGGAGAACCCCUUGGAGUCGACCAUCUAAGAACUCUAAUGUUGCCUUUGACACCGAGUGGCUCAGCAAUGCCAUGGAGAAGAUGAACCAAAUGGAAUCAAGGCAGGAGCAGAUGUCAGCAAGCAGGGAAGCAGAGGGUGUGCUGGACAGCAGGAUGGUCUGAGUCUGGGGGCGUGAGGGAAGACGGGUACACGGUGGGGUCUAGUCAGUCCUGGUGUCUUCUCGCCAGAUAUGUGGUUCUGAUAGAAGUUUAAUUUGCAUUGAGUUUUUAGGGGGGACUUUCAUCAGACUUCAUAAAUAGGAAUGUAAGUGAUCAUACGUUGCUCUUUUCAUAAUAAAGCAUAAACAAUUUUGAAAUAGAUAUAAACUUUGAAGUGAAAAAGAGACAUCUUUCUACUAUUUUAGAUAAAAUAGCCAGCAUUUGCUACUCCUGUUGAUUCGCACUGGGUCUACAGAGAGCAUGGCAUGGUUCCUAAUCUGUACAUUGAUGGCAUCUGUGUGUGAUGGAAAAUGGACUAUGAGCUGAACAUGACAUUAUAGGAAGCUCAUUUUCCUCCAUCAAUUUAUAAUCAUUGAUUACUUUAAGUAUACUUUAUAAAAAUUAUUUUGAAUGCCUGGUGUUUGUGCUGUGUAUACAAUAAGCUGUUCAUUUAAGACCUUUUCUUUAGCAUUGAGACUGCAGAGAUCUAUACUAGAUUAUAACACAUGGUGCACAAAUAUUAUGUAUGAGGAGGAAUAGAACUUCCAGGUUCAAGUUCUUCCACAUUACUUUAAUAUGUAUAUAUUUAUGAAUGGGUGAAAUGGCUGAAAGCUUUAAUGGGGUUCACUGACUGUGGUAGAUUGAUGUGUUUUGUUGCUUUGAAGCUCUUGCUGUCAAGUGUUCAGCUAGCAGACCCAAACAGCAGCUGCUGCUCCGAGAUGAAAUACUGCACAGUACGUGUGUGUGCCUGUGUGUGUGUUUGGUGUGAGUUGAGUUAAACCAAAGCCAAGCUUUCCAGUGUCCUUAGCUUAAGUGCCUGAGAGCUAAGAGGACACCACCCCCUUUAAAGCAUCUUUAUAUUGUUUUAUUUAAUUCUCAAGAUUUUGGACACAAGCUUUUGAAUUUAAUAGCUUGAACAUUUUACUCUUCCUGCCCAGAGUUGCCAAAUUCUAUAUUGCUACUGACUUUAUAUAUUUUUCCUUUAAUAUUGUAAAUAAUGUACAUAAUUCUAAAAUAGAAGAAUACUUACUAUCGGGAGGUAUAAGUGUGUAAUGUUCCAUUAUUCAAGUGUGAAUGGUCGGUGUGUAGAGAAUGAGAAAUACUACUUCACCUCAAUAUUGUGUGAGAAACUUGUGAUAACAUGAAGCAGCAGCAGUGUGACAGUCAGCUUGGAGUCCAUGGAAUUAUAUUGAAGCAUUUUAUGGAUGUUGAUGUCACAGUGACUCUGAUGGUGUUUAAUUAUUCAGGCUACAUCUGUAAUUUUGGUAGAUAUACAAAAGUGAAGCUGUUCCCUUAUUUCCAUUUUUAUACAGAAAUUGGCAUUUUUACAAUGCAUUUCCUUUGAAA